AAAAACCCUAGACACAGCAGCGCUUAUAUAUACUACUACUACUCUGUUCCCAUUCCUCAUCUCAAUCCACUUCAGAGAAAAUGGCGGUACCUCUGCUCUCGAAGAAGAUCGUGAAGAAGAGGGUGAAGAAGUUCAAGAGGCCUCAGAGUGACAGGAAAAUUUCCGUCAAGACAAACUGGCGUAGACCAAAGGGUAUAGAUUCCCGUGUUAGGAGAAAGUUCAAGGGAUGCACUUUGAUGCCAAACAUCGGUUAUGGUUCUGACAAGAAGACCCGCCACUAUCUCCCUAAUGGUUUUAAGAAAUUUGUUGUUCACAAUGUGAAGGACUUGGAACUGCUCAUGAUGCACAACAGGACUUACUGUGCUGAGAUUGCUCACAAUAUAUCCACAAGAAAGAGAAAAGAUAUAGUUGAGAGAGCUGCGCAACUUGAUGUUGUUGUGACAAACAAAACAGCCAGAUUACGCAGCCAGGAGGAUGAAUAGUCUAAAUGACGGAGUCACUUAUUUGUAGUGAUCCUAGUGACACUCUUGACAAUGGAUUUUGAUCUUUUUUUCAUUCUUCUAUAAAUUGUAGCUUGAUAAACGAUUAAUAUGUGGUUUUUUUUCCCUCA